AUGCAACACUAUGGUGCUUCUUGGAUUACUAGAGCACUCUCACCAUCUAUUGCACAAAGCAUCAUAUGGAUUGACAAGAAAGUAGAUGCUUGGAAUGAUUUAAAAGAUAAGUUCUAUCAAGGUGAUAUUGUACGUAUUUUUUACUUACAAGAAGAAAUCUUUGCCUUUAAACAUGGAGAACUUUCUGUUAUAGAAUAUUUCACUCCAUUAAAGAUUCUUUGGGAUGAGUUGAUCAAUUUUAGGCCAAUUCCAUCUAGCUCUUGUACUACUCCAUAUUCUUAUGGUGCUCUUGAGUCAGUAAGAACUUAUGUGAAAAAUGACUAUGUAAUCAGAUUCUUGAAAAGGCUCAAUGACCAAUUUUCAAAUGUUAAGUCCCAAAUCAUGAUGAUGGUGCCUCUACCAAAUAAUGUUAGAAGCAAUAUUUCUUAUGAUAAAUCAAGUUAUGGUAGAGGUCAUUUAGCUUUUGCAGGUGGUAAAGGUUCAAGAUCUACCAAAGUCUGCACUUAUUGUGGCAAACAAAGGCACGCUGUGGAUACUUGUUAUAGGAAGCAUGAUUUUCCUCCUAGUUACAUAUUCAAAAAUUCUAGUGCUAAUCUCACUACGGUUGAACAUAGUGAAACUGAAACUGAGGCAUAUACAGCAAAGGAUAAUGAUGCUUUCAGUUUCACAAUUAAGCAAUGUAAAAAACUAAUGAAUUUGAUUCAAGAUCCAUCAAUGACAACAAGUUUAUCAUUACAUCAUGUUAACAAUUUGUCAACCAGCCAGUAUGAGCAACCUUCUGUUUUUGCUCUAGGUAACCAAGUUCACUCUAAUAAGUGGAUAUAG